UGUAUGCUCUUUUCUCAAGAUAAAGAACCUCCUAAAGGUAUUUUUAUUGUUCUAGACAUUUAGGUUUUCAAAAAUUUUAAAGAAAAUCCAAAUUAUAGCAAGAAGAAUCUAUUACACAAAAAGAAGAAAAAAAGGUUUCAGAAAAACCCAAUUAAGAGGAAGCAGAGAAGAUCAUCUAAGAUGAGUAAUAAGAAGAAGAGUUACCUCCAAAAGGUAUCUUAAUUUGCAUAUAUUGUAAUAGUGGAAAAACCAUAGAAAAAGAAAUAUCAAUUUACAUAUGAUCCUAAAUCCUUUAACUUAUAAGAUGAGAAUUAGAAGAAAGAGAAGUUGAAAUCAGAUUAAUAGGAGGAGAAAGACAAAGAAGAGGAGAAAUAAGAAAAAUAAGAAAAUUAAGAAGAAGAUGAAGAAUAAAAAUAAUAACAAUAACAAUAAUAAUAAUAAUAAUCAGAAAAGAAAAAAUCUUCAUUUCCAGAAAUUGAUUUUAGCAAAUUUACAGAAUAUAUAAAGAAUCCAAAGAAUCGCAAUUAUAUUUAUAUGUUUUUAGGUGUAAGUGGUUUAGCUUCACUUUAUACUUAUUUGAAUAUGGAAGAGUAAAUUACUUAUACUGAAUUUUUAAAGAAUUAUUUAGAAACUAAUUAAGUCAGUUCAAUUACAAUCUAUAAUAAUGAUAAUAGCAAAGUUAAUUAAGCUUCUAUCAAAACAACUAGAGGAGAAUCUAAAAAAUUAAUUUUAGGGAAUGUGGAUCAUUUUUUAGAAAAUCUAGAACGUUUUUAAAUUGAAAAAGGAGUUUAUCCAGAGUAAUUCAUUCCAAUUUCAUUUGAAACAUAAGUAGAUAAAGCAAAAAUGAUUGAUAGAGCAUUGAAUUUAUUAUAUUAUGGAGUUUCAGCUGUUCUGAUCUUUUAUAUCUUUAAAUCACUUAAAGGUAGUAUGGGAAAUAUUGGAAAAGGACCUGGUGGUGGUGGAAAUGAUGUAUUUGGUUUUGGAAAAUCAAAUGUAAAGUAAUUUGGAUUUGAAUAAAAUGUAAAAAUCAAGUUUAAAGAUGUGGCUGGAUUAGAUGAAGCUAAAUUAGAAAUUAAAGAAUUUGUAGACUUUCUUAAGAAACCUAGAAAAUAUAAAGAAAUGGGAGCUAAAUUACCAAGAGGAGCUUUAUUGGCAGGACCACCAGGAACUGGUAAAACUAUGGUAGCAAAGGCUUGUGCAGGUGAAGCUGGUGUUCCAUUUUUCUUUGUAAGUGGAUCAGAUUUUGUCGAGAUGUUUGUAGGUGUUGGUGCUAGUAGAGUUAGAGAUUUAUUUAAAUAAGCAAAAGCAAAAUCUCCUAGUAUUAUUUUUAUAGAUGAAAUUGAUGCAGUUGGUAGAAAAAGAGAUGCAAAAAUUGGUGGAAAUGAUGAAAGAGAUAAUACAUUGAAUUAAUUAUUAGUUGAGAUGGAUGGAUUUGGAACAGAUACUAAUGUUAUAGUUUUGGCAGCUACAAAUAGAAAAGAAUUACUUGAUCCAGCACUUACUAGACCUGGUAGAUUUGAUAGAUCAAUUGAUAUUACAUUACCAGAUAUUGAAGGAAGAAAACAAAUAUUUAUGGUUCAUUUGACUCCUUUAAAGUUGGAUCCAUCUAAGACUAUGGAAGAAUAUGCAAAGAGAUUGGCUACUCUAACUCCAGGAUUUAGUGGAGCAGAAAUAGCCAAUCUUUGUAAUGAAGCUGCAAUAAUGGCAGCAAGAGCUAAUAAGACAUAUGUGGAUGCUCAUGAUUUUGAGAUGGCAUCAGAAAGAGUUAUGGCUGGUUUAGAGAAGAAAAGAAUCAUUAGUGAAGAAGAAAGGAAGACGGUUGCAUUUCAUGAAUCUGGACAUGCUGUAGCUAGUUGGUUUUUAUAAGGAGGUCAUCCACUUCUUAAAUUAACUAUAAUCCCUAGAAGUAAGGGUUCAUUAGGUUAUGCUUAAUAUUUACCUAAUGAAUCUAGUUUGGAGACUAAAUAAGAAUUAUUGGAUAGAAUAUGUUGUAUAUUAGGAGGUAGAGUUGCUGAAGAGAUUUUCUUUGGAUAAGUUACUACUGGAGCAUAUGAUGAUUUAAAGAAAGCUUAUGAUGUUGCUCAUAGUAUAGUUACAAAGUUUGGUAUGAAUGAGAAUAUUGGAUAUAUUGGAUUUUAAGAGGGAGAGUUUUAAAAACCAUAUAGUGAUAGCACUAAUAAAUAGAUCGAUGAUGAAAUUAGAAAGCUUAUUGAAGAAUAGACUUAAAGAACUAGAUAAUUAAUAAAUGAAAAAAAGGAAUUUGUUAAUAAGUAUUAUUUUAGUUUGAUUAUAUUUUAGAUUGGCUUCUACUUUGUUAGAAAAAGAGACUCUCGAUUUAUAAAAAAUAAUUGAAGUUUUGGGAGAACGACCAUUUCCACCGAAAUCCAAUUAUAAGGCUUAUUUGGAAAUAAAAAAGGAAGAUUAAUAAACAACUUCUUAAUGA